CCCAAGGGAAGUCACGUGUCAGAUCUGAUCUUGAGAGAUGUUCAUGUAAAGGCAGGGCAUAGUGGAAGAAAUUAUGUCCUUUCUGUGCUCCGUGAGAAGUAUUGGAUGCUUGGAGCAGGAGCAGCUAUCAGGAGCAUGAUUAGCAGAUGUGUCAUGUGCAGGCGGCAAAGAGGGAAGAUGAUGAGUCAGAAGAUGGCUGACCUGCCUGAGAAUAGACUGUUACCUGACGAGCCUCCAUUUUCCAAGGUUGGCAUUGACUAUUUCGGCCCCUUUGAGGUUAAAAGGGGUCGCAGCAUGGAGAAGAGAUAUGGAGUCAUGUUCACAUGUCUUACCACACGCGCCAUUCAUUUGGAAGUCGCUCAUUCUUUGGAUACGGACUCUUGUAUCAGUGCCAUUCGUCGUUUCAUCGCUCGCAGGGGCAAUAUCAAGGAGAUGCUCUCAGAUAAUGGCACUAAUCUUGUGGGCGCUGAGAGAGAGCUGAAAAGAGAAAUAGAUGGAUGGAACAAAGCUCAAAUCAGCGCAGACCUGCUCCAGAAAGGCAUCAAAUGGACUUUCAACCCACCCACUGCUUCCCAUUUUGGAGGAGUCUGGGAAAGGCAGAUUGGGACUGUGAGAAAGCUCAUACUGGCAGUAACUAAGCAACAGGUGCUCUCAGGUGAAAGUCUGACAACUCUCUUCUGUGAAAUUGAGAGCAUCGUCAACAACAGGCCUCUAACAAGUGUAUCAGAUGAUGUCAAUGAUCUUGAGGCCUUGACUCCCAAUCACCUACUUCUGCUGAACAGGAAGCCGCAACUGCCACCAACAGUGACGGACAGAUCAGAUGUAUACUCGAGAAGGAGGUGGCGUCAAAUACAGUAUCUCGCCGACGUAUUCUGGAGGCGCUGGUCUAGAGAGUACUUACCGCAGUUGCAAAGAAGAGAAAGAUGGGUACCAUCGCAUCGCAAUCUUCAGAUUGGUGACUUGGUGCUGGUUGCCGAUGCAAACACUCCGCGGAAUUCGUGGCUGCUGGGAAGAGUACUUCAAACUUUCCCAGACAAGAAAGGCUUCACCCGUAGUGCGAACAUCAAGACGAAGAAUAGCGUAAUUGUUCGUCCUAUCUCGAAAUUGUGCCUGAUUUUGGAAGGAGAUUGUUAAUUGCCCUCAUUUGGAAUUCAUGGAUCGUGUGAUGUUUAAUCACAUGAUAAGAAGGAGAAAUUUGAGAUAUAUAAAUUUUGUGAUCGAGGAAAAUUUUGUGUUUCAGAGGAUGUCGUCGCAGAGAUAUGAUCAUAUGAAGAUCGUGAUUUUUGAUUGGAAAUCAGAAGGAUCCAAUUAAAGCAGAAAUGUUAUUAUCAUGAAAUGUGAUGUCAUGAUAUCGCCAACAUUUAUUUUACGUGAAAGUGUCAAAAUGUGACAAUUCGUAUUCAACGCGAGGAUAUAAUUUUUUUGUUGAGAUAUGAAUCGUCUAGUGAUCUACAGUGCAGAUUUAGUCACCAUAGCAACUCAACAGUGACUGAUUCAUGUAACUGAGAAUUGAGAAACUGAACGGCUUACAAGAAGAAGACAUAAACUGAUACAUUUAUAGAAAAAUGACUGUUUGCAAUUCAAAGACUCAUGAACUAAUGAACAUUAGUGUAUUACACUUGAAGUUAUGGAGUAAUUUGCAAAGUUUCACACGAUUUGUUAUUUUUCCAGUGUAAAAUGUAAACAUGGCAUUUAGCAGCAUUUAAGUUGCAGUAAAUGUGCAGUUGUGUAUGUUGGUUGAUGGUAAUUUAUAUGUAGCUUCAGUGAUUAUCAGAUUACUGUAUAUUUACUUAUGUAAAUGUAUUGCUUCAUUUAACAUUCUGAUUUAAGAUGAAAUUUAUUCCAGAAUUGGUUUGCAUAACAUUUUCUUGUUAGUAUAGUGGUAAAGUGGUAAAAGAAUAUUCCAUAUUCUGACACAGAAAAUGUGAGUUGUGUGUAGAAAGGUUCUACUAGUUGUCAUGUUGAUUAAUGCAAUAUAUGCAAAUUUUAUUUGAAAGUAUGACUGAUUAUCAGGAAUUAAGCAUAAUGGGAAAUUUAUCAUUCCUCUGUCCUCAUGUCAAGGCACAUGUAGUUUGCCUUUUAGUACAGUGUUACAAAUACAAAGGGUAUUAAAUUAGGAAAGGUCAAGAGUUCAGCUCUUCAUGUGAAGCUCGAGUAGAAAGUUACUUACAAACAUAAAAUGUGUGUUUACGGUACAGUCUAGUUGUUGGUUGUAUGUUUAACUUGACACAUCACUCUCAGAUCUCCUAUCGUCUGAGUCAGUAGGAAGAUUUAGUUUUGGAUUAAAACAUUUUUAGUGUCAUUCCUGGUGUCGGGAAUUAUAGUGAGGAAGCAGCGUGGUUGCUUACAGUUAUCUUUGGAGUCGUCGAUGUUUACCAAAAUGAUUCUAAUUUCUGACAAGGAAUGUUGGGAGUUCUGAUAGGGUUGUCAUGGUGAUGUUGAGAAGGAUAUUUGUUUUAUGUAAGUGCAUUUGAUAUACACUUGGUGCAUUUUAUGCAAAUGUCAAAGCUUUUGAAAUUACUUAGUAGUUUGCUGAAAAGAAACUCUUCAGAUAUUGUAUGUUGAUAUUAAUGGUCAAGAUCAUUAAAUAGGUUAAAGGUGAUUAGUUAUUUAAAGGUGUGAAGAAAAAAAAGGUCACUUGAACAGUAUAAGAAGUUGAAGAAUUUAAAGGAACAAUGAUUUAUUGCAAGUAGCAAUUGUGGAUAAACUUAAUUCUGAAAUGUUUCAAAUGAACAAAGUAUUGUUAAAUGUUCAGAAAGGCUUCUCAUUUAAGAGGGCCGGAAUGUGGAGUACAGGAUGACGUUUUUCUUGAAGCCGAUGCUUGUGAUGUCACAGGCGUCGCUUUGUAGAAAGUGUAUGGAUUAGGUCGCUUGAGGGCGUACUGGAUUUUGUGUGUUACUGAUUUUCCACGUCAUGGGAUAGUUGCCUCCCAGAGUUGCCUAAGUUUUCGUUUAAUUUUGUGAUACAAGCCCAAUGAUAUUGAACCUUGCCUGCUACAGUCUAUAACCAAAUUACAGUGCAUGGUGUCAUUACUAUGGGUCUUGGGCAACUAGUUAGUUCGCCAAAUCGUCCACCACAA